CUGGGGCACGGGUGCCUCUACCUCAGGCCGGCCUGUUUGGCAUCAGCUCUUUCCUGCCUUUUCCUACUUUGAUUGAGGAGAAAGGCGUGAACAGCGCUGUGAUUGCGAUGUUGGCCUGUGGAGGAGGACAGGGAUGCGGGAUCCUCAAGCUCGGAGUCCGCGGUGACUUGGUUUCAGUGGAGAAAUCUCUGGGCCGGAACCGGCUGCUUCCUCAGGGACUGGCUGUAUACGCAUCCCCUGAAAACAAGAAGUUGUUUGAAGAGGAGAAGUUGCUAAGAAAAGAAGGAAAGUUAGAAAGGAUCCAGACCAAGGCCGGUGAGGCGACAGUGAAAUUUCUGAAGAGCUGUCACCUGGAGGUGGGGAUGAAGAACAAUGUCAAAUGGGAGCUAAACCCUGAAAUAGUUGCCCGCCAUUUUCUAAAAAACCUUGGUGUUGUGGUAGCCCCACAUGCAUUAAAGUUACCAGAAGAGCCCAUCACGCGAUGGGGCGAGUAUUGGUGUGAGGUGACGGUAAAUGGGCUUGACACUAUCAGGGUACCUAUGUCUGUGGUGAACUUUGAGAGGCCCAAGACAAAAAGAUACAAGUACUGGUUGGCCCAGCAAGCUGCCAAGGAAAUGGCCGCCACCAGCUCCCAGACGAUCUGAACCUACUCUCCCUCAAAAGUGGUGAAGCAGAAUCUGAGGCAGUGGAGCAAAGAUGAGCCAGCUCUGACCAAAUACAGAAUUUUAGAGACCAUAUGGGGACAUCGGACUAAACUGCAUAUAUAUGUUGAAUUCUCCAAAUUUGUCAUCUCCAUCUUCGACUGUUAUCACAUCUCGCCUUAUUGGGGCAGUCCUGCUCAAGAAGUACCAAGUUGUAGAUAUAAGGUAAAUAUUUAAUAGAUCAAAAACAGUCUAGAUCCUAUUUCCUCUUCCUCCAUUGGAAUUCAUUGGAAUAAAUGGAAGAGCUAGCAUUGUCUUUAGUGCUUGCCUAUCCUCAUUAUCCAAAUUGAACAUUUAUAUCUCAAAAAGAAAUACAAAGGUUGUGUUUUUUUUA